AUGGCCCGUGAUCACACCAUAAGUUGUAAGAUUUCCGGCCAAAUAAAGAAAAGUAAUGAAAAUCAAGAACCAAUCGCAGCCAUCGAAAUUCGUCUGAAGAAGAAGCAUCGUCAACUGCUAGAUUUGUCCAGACAUGAUCUCACUUUUACAGUUGCCACUGACACGGAGAUUCUGAACAUAACUAAGUCCUUGUCAGUCGAGAUGUCCAGCUUACUCAUUCCACAGAACCUGCAGCUCUUCAUUCCCACAAUGCUUUCCGACCUAGAGUUAUGUUCCUGUGCACUUGGAAAUUUGAAAGAACCCAUUGCCGUCUCUCUCCGUUCUAUAGCAGAAGAGGUGGUUAGAAGGGGACGUUACUCGCUGCAGGUUGUAUUGGAGAUUCAACAUCUUACGUCAUCUUUCUACUUUGAAGAUGAAGUGAUCCACCAGGCUACUACAGACUCGAUGGACAUAGAUGGGAACAGUGGAAGAUUCGGCGGGACCCCUGCUUCAAGAUCAUCAAUUGAGGAGGCUUUGAGAACAGAGAAGGUAGGAGAAAGAGAUUGGAUGGAGAAUUGUAGAAUUUGUUUGGAUGAGUUUGGUGAAGGUAUGGAAGUAAAGCGCAUGCCUUGCUUGCAUGUUUUCCACGGAGCUUGCAUUACUCAAUGGUUGAAGCAGAGUAGCAUGUGUCCUUUGUGCCGGGUUAGGGUUUAA